UCUCUCUCUCUCAGACACACACACGCGCGCGAACACCUGCGCAGAGCCGGUGAAUCACGCCGACGCCGCUUCGCUCUCCAGUCUCUCAUCCAUCCUGACAGCCAGAUCGCCUCCAUUUUAACCAGGAGCCUCUCCGCAGUGGAAAGACGAUUCAUUGCCAUCAUCUGCAAGCACAAGAAGUGCGUUUCGAUUAAUAUUUCACAAGUUCCUUCUCGCUCUGUGUGGAUUGGCUGGCUCUCUUUUGUUUCCUGGAGGUGAAAUGAUGCUGAAGUGAUGCUGCGUCGCUGUUCCCACCCGCUGUAGAACAACAUCACCAUCAUCAUCAUGAGUAUGAGUCUGAUCGAAAAGCCCAACAUGAGAGAUUCGGACUAACAAAUCCGAACGGCUGGUGAAGAUCUCAAGUGUUUCAACCCCUCAAGUUAACGUGCUGGAGAACGCCAUAGUGGCAGAAAUCAAACAAAGGCACAAAUGAAACUCUGCAACUGAGAAUAAGGCUCUGAGAAACAUUGUUAACACACACAAAUUCACUUACUGCUUAACACACACACACACACACAAUGGCACUGGACAACACCGGCUUCUCAUCGUGCGCCGAAUCCCUGUCCCUCCCAGUUCCAGAGAAAGGGGAGGAGCCUGUGGAGGAGGCCCCAAAGGAUGCUCCGCCCACCAAUGUACAGAACGUAUUCGAGGAGCUGGGGCAUGUCGUAACCACGGAGACAGCCCCGCCCACACAGCAACAGGCCAAUAACAGCAUGUCCUUCCAGGAUAAGAUGGCAGCGAGGGAGGCACAAGCCAAUCAGCCAUUCAAGAAGAAAAUUCAAGGGGCAGUGCAAGAGAGGGGCAGGUUUGGAUGGGGACGCAACAAGCGUAAAAGACAGCGCUAUGUGGAGAAAAACGGCCGUUGUAAUGUGCAGCAUGGUAACAUGCGUAAGACAUACCGUUACCUGACGGAUAUCUUCACCACACUGGUGGAUCUGAACUGGCGUUGCUCUCUGCUGGUCUUUGUCAUGGCGUAUGCAGUCACCUGGCUCUUCUUUGGAGCAAUAUGGUAUCUCAUUGCAUACUGCAGGGGUGAUCUGGAUCAUUUGGAGGAUGAAGCGUGGACUCCAUGUGUAAAUAAUGUUAAUGGAUUCAUCUCUGCGUUUCUUUUCUCCAUUGAAACGGAGACGACCAUUGGCUACGGUCACCGUGUCAUCACUGACCAGUGCCCAGUGGGCACCAUGUUACUGCUGCUUCAGGCCAUACUGGGAUCUAUGGUCAAUGCAUUCAUGGUUGGUUGUAUGUUUGUGAAGAUCUCCCAGCCGAAUAAGCGUGCGGAGACCUUGGUGUUUUCUCGUAAUGCUGUCAUCUCAUUGCGGGAUGACAAGCUCUGUUUGAUGUUCCGCGUCGGGGACUUGAGAUCCUCCCACAUUGUGGGCGCCAACAUGAGAGCCAAACUUAUCAAAUCCAAACAGACACAGGAGGGUGAGUUUAUUCCGCUGGAUCAGACUGAUAUCAGUGUUGGUUUUGAGACAGGGGAUGAUCGUCUCUUCCUGGUGUCUCCGUUAGUGAUCUCUCACGAGAUCGAUGUCCGCUCUCCGUUCUGGGACAUGUCCCAAUCUCAGCUCGAGAAAGAGGACUUUGAGGUUGUGGUCAUCUUGGAGGGGAUGGUGGAAGCUACAGGAAUGACCUGUCAGGCACGGAGCUCUUACUUGGCUGAAGAACUGUUAUGGGGUCACAGGUUUAGUCCCAUGAUGACGCUGGCUGAGGGAUUCUUUGACGUGGAUUAUGGGGCUUUUCACCACACUUUUGAGGUGGACACGCCCUCCUGUUCUGCGAGAGCCCUGGCAUUGGCUGCCGCCCGUUUGGACGCUCAUCUCUAUUGGUCGAUCUCCAGUCGGCUUGAUGAAGAGAAAUGGGAGGAGCCUAAUGCGACUGAGCAAACGGGGAAGUCCACUGAUUCAGAAUCUGUCAGGGAGGGAGACAGGCCAACAUUUACUGUGGGCGGAGUUACAAAUACCCAGGACCAAUCGGUUGUAGGAGAGCAGAACGGCAGUGUGACCACUGACCAGUCAGAAUCUGAGGCUUAAAAGGAUGCAAGAAUGUAAAAAGGUACGGAAAAUGUUCGAAGGAGUCCACAGUUGAUGUAAAUUUAACUUUAGACUGGAUUGUUCAAUGAUCCAGGCCGCCUUCUUUGAGUUAUAUUUUUAAAUGUAUAGUCGCUAAUGCCUAGCAUAGAAUACUUUCCCCAAGGGGGAAAUCCUAGUGUCUCCUUGCUGUGUUUUCAGUCAGAUUAAAUCUUAACUUUUGAUGUUUCACGACAACACCAACGCCUUUGAAUUCACUAGUAGCUAUAAUUCAAACUCUAGUGGGCUGCCUCACUGUCUGCCGUCUACUUAAGUAUCAUUCUAAAUGCUAUGAAACCUGUGACGCACACAUGCGGUGUUGUCUUAAAGGGAUAGUUCACCCAAAAAAACGAAAACUCUGUCAUGAUUUACACACGCUCAUGUUGUUCUAAACCUAAAAGUUUGUUUCUUGUGCUGGACAGAAAAGAAGAUAUUUCGAAGAAUGUAAGUGAAGAAACAGUUGCUGGUCCACCUUUGACUUCAUGGUAUAAAAGUCAAUGGCUACCGGCAGCUGUUGGGUUAACCACAUUCUUCAGAAUAUCUUCUCUUGUCUUGAACAGAACAAAGAAAGGUUUGGAACAACAAAAGGGCAAGUAACCGACAGCAUUGUCAUUUUUGGGUGAACUAUGCCUUUAAAAUGAGGCUAAAACGAAAUAUCUUACAUGGUGUUUAGGUAGGCAACUCGCUAGGUAUUGAAACUGAACUGACAUGUCUGAUUGGUAUUAGUUUCAAUCAUUUGAGUAAACUUAACAGUCCUUAACGUUUCACUUCUUUUCUUUCUUAAGUGUUCAGCCAGUUCGGUUCAACCGUUACUGUUUUUAAACCAAUCUUUUAGAAGUCAGUGACAGUUGUUUACCGUCACUUUGACUAGUUUCACAUGUACCUGAAAAAGAAGUGAAUGUGUUACUAUAGCGACAUUCCAAUUUGCUACAUCACACAGCAGAGUUUAGCAUUAGUUUCUUAAGAGUCAGCCGGUGAUAAAAUUAGCACACGCUGAUGACAGCCGAACAGAGUUUAGCCUGUCAUUUGUAUCCAUGCCAUUAUGUGAGUGGAUCUAGAUGAUAAGUGGAUUAAUUGGAUUAAAAUAAGAGCGAUAUUGGAAGCUAUUAUGCCAUUGCAACUUUCCAAUAUCCUAAUUAAAUCAAUGUAGAAAUUAGCAUCAUCCUGAGAUUAAUUAGCUGUACAAACACACUGCUGUUCUUUGUAUCUCUUAUUUAUUGAAUCCAAAUGUGUUCAUAGCAACAAAUAACUCACUACUCAGUUGCUGUCGCAGAUGAAAUAAGAGAGAGACAUUUUAAAGUGGCCAAUAAAGAGAAUUUAUAUUAAUAAGUGAAUAUUUCCAACAUAUCAACAGGCCAUUUUUGAUGUCUGGUCCAGGUCUAUUCCCAUGCUGGUUCUGCUAUAUAUAUAUAUAUAUAUAUAUAUAUAUAUAUAUAUAUAUAUAUAUAUAUAUAAACAAAAAAGUAUAUUAAUGAAGAGCAACAAUGCAGAAUAAACAGGGGUUUAAUUAAAUUCAGAAAUGUUUAAGUUAAAGGGAACAGUUGCAUUUUUUAAAGAGUUUAAUAAAAUAAAAAAAAUAGAUUUUCAUAUGCUGCUCUCUAUAUUUUUCUGAUGGUCUCUCUUUAAUACCAAAAGAGUUUAACACAGAAUUGUAUAUGUAGUUCAUAAAAAUAAAGUUGUGGCUUUCAUUUAGACACUAUGAUCAGUAUUUCUAGUUCUCUUAGUUUCCUUUAGAAUAAUCAUAUUUAAUAAUUUGUUUUUGGAACAUGGAUCCCUAACACAACUUUUAAAUUAUUCACUGUAUGUUGAAGAAAGCAGAGUGAUGCUGGAUCUGUUUUACGCUGAAAACCUCAGUUUGACAUGUAAUGUAGACAGAACUCUCGUGAGCGAUGCACUGAUGUGUGUUUUUGUAGAGUAAUGUGUGUGUGGUGUGUUACAUAGAACCAUCAAUCUGGACCUCUAUUAUUAAAUGAAAGCUUUCAAUGCAUCAUUAUAAAAACUCUAUUUCAUUUAAGUACACUCACUGUUCAGAAAAGUUUGAAUAAAUCGAAGGUCCACUCAGUAAUAUUUGUUGUCUUUAUUAUUGUGUUGAAGUUCUCAGUUCUCAGUGCAGAAGUGUUUGCCGACAUGCAUGAUUAAAUUAUUAUGAAAGUUCAAAUGUUUGUGUUUUUUAAAGUCUCUUAUGCUCAUCAAGGCUGCAUUUAUUUGAUCAAAAAUUCAGAAAAAAAGUUAAAUAUUAUGAAAAUUUAAAACAAUUGUUCUCUACUUAAAUAAUUUUAAAAUUUAAUUUAUUCCUGUGGUCAAAGCUGAAUUUUUAGCAUCAUUACUCAAUUCUUCAGUGUCACACGAUCCUUCAGAAAUCAUUCUUAUAUGCUGAUUUCCUGCUUAUUUUAUUUGUAUUUAUUUAUUUGAAAAUGGUGAAUUUGUUUUUAGGAUUCAUAUAAAUAAUAGAAAUAAUAAAAAAACUUUAUUUUACGUUUUUUUGUAAGAACGAACAUGUAUUUAUUGUCAUUUUUGAUCAAUUUAAUGUGUCCUUGCUGAAUAAAAGUAUUAAUUUCUUUAGGCUACCUACCUAUGAAUCGUUAUGUCAUAUGAUGAUUUUAAACACAUUUCUCAAAACUACAAGUCAUGUAUUUGUGUUCUUUGGUUAAUGAGGAAAACAUUACUGAGUGCACCUUUAAAAACUGAGUUUGAAACUGGCUGAGAGAAACUGUGUGUAUUCCCCAAGUGUUCUAGCGUGUGCUGUCCUGUAUGUGAUUUGUAGCUCACUUGAAUGUCUUUGGCACAUACGAUAAGCACAAACUCUGCUCUCAUGCAGGUUUCUACUCUUGCUUUUGCUGCUGUUGACAUUUUUAAAAUAUGUUUUUAAGCUUUACUAAUUAUGUAUUAUAAGUCUUAAUAAAACUAUAUCCAACCUAA